CGUCCAUAGUGACCCAAGAGCCAGGACUGAGCAGUUGCUGCGCCAGGGAAAGACCUUCAGCAAAGCGCCCUCUGCGCCCAGCCCACAGUGGGACUUUCUCCGGUGGCUGGGACCUGCCCCGGGCUCUGCCCGCACCAGCUCCUGAGCCGGAGCCUGCAGAGGCCGACGGCCGGUGGGCGAGGCAGGAGCCGCGUCUCACCAUGGAGCAGUAUGUGCUGCUGGACCCCCGGCAGAGGGCCCUGUACAGGGAUGUCAUGCAGGAGAGCUACGAAACCCUGAUGGCCCUUGAAUUUCCACUUUCCAAGCCUGACCUGCUCUCCCGGCUGGACCGAGGGGAUGAGCCGACAGCCCUGGAUCUCCACAUGCCCAGAGGUGGCCGGGCAGCAGCAGAUGGCACUGCCAGUGGGAAAGAAGAAGAGAAACCCCAGCAAGCGAGCCCGGAGGAGCCGGCCUCAGAAAAAGCCGACGGCGCUGGGAAGGCUCCCCAAAGCCCCGAGGCGGGGGAGAAGCCGCCGGCUAACAGCGGGGAGAGCCCCAACACUUGCCCCGAGUGUGGCAAGACCUUCAGCCACAAGUCGGCGCUGGCCAAGCACCAGAAGAUCCACACGGGCGAGAGGCCCCACAAAUGCCCCGACUGUGGCAAGACCUUCAUCCAGCGUUCGGACCUGACCAUCCACCGGCGGGUGCACACCGGGGAGCGCCCCUACGCUUGCCCUGACUGCGGGCGCCGCUUCAGCGUCAGCUCCUCCCUGCUGACCCACCAGCGCACCCAUGCGCCGGGCGGCGAGAAGCCCAACCGCUGCCCGCAGUGUGGCAAGAGCUUCGCCGACCCCAACGCCCUGGCCCGGCACCAGAAGAGCCACCUGGGCGGCAAGCCGUACGAGUGCGGCGUCUGCAGCAAGGCCUUCGCCUGGAGCUCCCACCUGGAGCGGCACCAGCGCAUCCACACGGGAGAGAAGCCCUUUCAGUGCGGGGAGUGUGGCCGGGCCUUCGCCUGGAGCUCCCACCUGGACCGCCAUAUGCGCACCCACGCAGCGGCCGUGGAGGAGGAGGAGGCCGAGGAGGAAGCCCCGCCCCCGCCUCAGAGAUGUGCCGACUGCGGUAAGCGCCUCAACCACCAGACAGACCCGCAGCGCUUCAAGCACAAGGGGACGCAGACCCAGGAUGGCGGCGGGGUAGUAGAGGGGCCCGACCAGGUUGAGGAGAGUGGCCCUGAGCGACCCCACCGCUGCCAACAGUGCGGCAAAUGCUUUAGCCAGAGCUCGAACCUGCUCAAACACCAGCGCGUGCACACGGGCGAGCGCCCCUACGCCUGCCCGGACUGCGGGCGCCGCUUCCGCUGGGGAUCGGCCCUGGCCAAACACCGGCGCACCCAUGCCCGGGAAAAGCCUGCCGAGGACCCGGUGCCAGCCCGUGACACCGGCGCUGCCGGCAAGCCGUACCCGUGCGGGGCCUGCGGGAAGAGCUUCGGCUGGAUCUCACACCUGGAGCGUCACCGGCGCAUCCACACGGGAGAAAAGCCCUACCGGUGCGGGGAGUGCGGGCGGGCCUUUGCUGUCAGCUCCCACCUGGAGCGGCACCGGCGCAUCCACACCGGCGAGCGGCCCUACCGCUGUGGCGACUGCGGCAAGAGCUUUGCCGUCAGCUCCACCCUGCUGGCUCACCGGCGCACCCAUGCCACCCGGGAAGGGAGGCCUCACCAGUGCCCUGACUGUGGCAAAGGUUUCACCGCUGCCGCAGCCCUGGAGCGGCACCGCCGGCUGCACCGGGGUGAGAAGCCUUACCAGUGCGGCGUCUGUGGCAAAGGCUUCGCCUGGAGCUCGCACUACGACCGGCACCGGCUCACCCACACCGGAGAAAAGCCCUUCCCUUGCGCCCACUGUGGCAAGCGCUUCGGCCGCAGCUCCCACCGCAACCGGCACCAGCGGGCCCAUGCCCAGGCCGGCGCAGAGAAACGGCACGUCUGUCCCGACUGCGGCAAAGCCUUCAGCCUCAGCGCGGCCCUGGCGGCCCACCAGAGACUCCACGCCGCCGGCACCAACAGCCCACUCUCCCUGCUGCCGCCCACCUGGUGGGAGGCUGAGAGGAGGACCGGGACAACCACGCCAUCGCCCGAGGCCUGGGCUGAGGAUCCUGCCACCCACUUCCAAUGCCCUGUCCCCUCCUCCUCCCCGACUGCCGCCCCCCGGGCCUGGGCGACCAAGUCUCUCUCCGCUCCCGGCGCAUGGAGACCAGGGGAAGGGGAGGCCAGUGCUGCUGCCCCUCCAGAGAGCUGGGCCCAGCAACCUCCUCCCAGCUCCUAACAUGGCUAAGCAGGGUGUGUGGGGGGGAGGGGGAACCCCUGUCUUUGGAGUGAGCCAGAAACACCCCCUACCCUGGAGGGGGCUGGGUGGGGGACUGGCAUGUUCUCCCCCCAGCCAGGGGAUUCUUUGAGGGAAGGGGGGGUGGCAAUUUCCCCCUCGCACUGGCAACAUUAUUCACUGCUGAUGCAGGAAAAUGGGCCUUGAGCCGCCUGGUAGCUGAGACCCCCUUCUUCCCCCACCCCUCCAAAUGCCAUAGGACCAGGGGGUUCCCCCCACCCACCCCAUACCCAGGCGGAAAUGAGAGCUAGAAGGGUGGAGGGCUGGGUCUGGG